AAGAGAAACCCGAUUGCUCCAAGGCCCGCUGCGAAGUCCAGUUUUCUCCUCGCUGUCCGGAAGAUUCCAUCCUGAUUGAAGGCUAUGCUCCUCCCGGUGAAUGCUGUCCACUCCCAAGCCGUUGUGUGUGCAAUCCUGCAGGCUGCUUGAGGAAGGUUUGCCAGCCUGGCUAUUUGAAUAUAUUGGUUUCCAAGGCAUCAGGAAAGCCAGGGGAAUGCUGUGAUCUCUAUGAAUGUAAACCAGUGUUCAGUGUGGACUGCAGCACAGUCGAGUGCCCUCCCGUUCAACAAGUUGUUUGCCCGCUGGAUAGCUAUGAAACCCAAGUCAGGCUGACGGCUGAUGGCUGCUGUACCCUGCCCACAAGAUGCGAGUGUCUCUCUGGUUUAUGUGGUUUCCCUAUGUGCGAGGCAGGCUCCAUUCCUCAGAUAGUCUCGCGUGGAGAUGGAACACCUGGCAAGUGCUGUGAUGUCUUUGAAUGUGUCAAUGAAGUGAAGCCAACUUGCAUAUUUAACAGCAUGGAAUAUUACGAUGGAGACAUGUUUCGGAUGGAUGCUUGUCGUUUUUGCCGAUGCCAAGGGGGAGUCUCUAUUUGUUUCUCGGCUCAGUGUGGUGAGCUGCACUGUGACAGGUACUAUGUGCCAGAAGGAGAGUGCUGCCCAGUGUGUGAAGACCCAGUUUAUCCAGUAAAUAACCCUGCUGGCUGCUAUGCCAACGGUCAGAUCCAGGCUCACGGAGACCGCUGGCGAGAGGACGACUGUACUUUCUGCCAGUGCAUCAACGGAAACUCGCACUGUGUGGCGACAGCCUGUGGGCAAAGCUGUCUCAAUCCUGUUAAAGUCCCCGGGGAGUGCUGCCCGGUGUGUGAAGAACCAACAUAUAUCACAAUAGGUCCGCCCACCUGUGAGAUUCUGGUGAACUGCACUUUGACUGAAAAGGACUGUAUCUAUAGCUUCAAACUGGACCAAAACGGUUGCCGCACUUGUCAGUGCAAAACUAGGGAGGAGCUCUGCACCGGUCUCAUCUCGGGCUGUUCCUUGGACUGUUCCUUCGGCUUCCAGACUGACGUCCACAACUGUGAGAUCUGUCAGUGCCGACCACGGCCUAAGAAGUGCAAACCCAUUGUAUGUGACAAGUACUGUCCCUUUGGAUACUUGAAGAACAAGCAUGGCUGUGAAAUCUGUCGGUGUAAGAAAUGUCCAGAACUGCCUUGUGGUAAAAUCUGUCCAUUGGGCUUCCAGCAGAACAGUCACGGCUGCGUUAUCUGCAAGUGCAGAGAGGCAACAGCUUCUCUUAUGCCUGCAGUUAAGACAGGCUCUUGCCUGUCAAUGGACGGGCGCCGACACGAGAACGAGGAGAGCUGGCACGACGGCUGCCGGGAAUGUUACUGUCACAACGGGCGGGAAAUGUGUGCCUUGAUCACCUGCCCCGUUCCGAACUGUGGCAACCCCACCAUACACCCAGGGCAGUGCUGCCCAUCAUGUCCAGAUGAAAUAAUUGUGCAGAAGCCAGAGCUCACCAGUCCAUCGAUCUGUCAUGCUCCUGGUGGGGAAUACUUUGUAGAAGGAGAGACAUGGAAUAUUGAUUCUUGCACACAGUGUACAUGCCACAGUGGACGUGUCCUGUGUGAGACUGAAGUCUGUCCGCCUCUUCUUUGUCAAAACCCUACCCGCACACAGGACUCCUGCUGUCCACAGUGCCCAGAUGAGCCCCUUCAGCCCUCUUCAUCAAGCAAUGAGAGCAUGCCCAGCUAUUGCAAAAACGAUGAAGGAGAUAUUUUUCUGACAGCCGAGUCCUGGAAGCCCAAUGUCUGCACCAGCUGCAUUUGCAUGGAUGGUGUGAUUAGAUGCUACUCUGAGUCUUGCCCACCAGUAUCCUGUGAGAGACCUGUUUUGAGAAAGGGACAAUGUUGUCCUUACUGUAUUGAAGACACCGUUCCAAAGAAAGUGGUCUGCCACUUCAGUGGGAAAACGUACGCAGAUGAGGAACGCUGGGACAUUGACAGCUGCACACACUGUUACUGCCUGCAGGGUCAGACCCUCUGCUCCACUGUCAGCUGCCCACCCCUCCCUUGUGCUGAACCCAUCAAUGUGGAGGGAAGCUGCUGUCCCAUGUGUCCAGAGAUGUAUGUACCUGAACCUACUAAUAUACCCAUUGAGAAGACAAAUCAUCGAGGAGACAUUGAGCCAGAAGUACCAAACUGGCCAACACCGAGUGAAAAUGACAUCAUUCACAUUCACAGAGACAUGAAUCAUCUCCAGGGAGAGUACAGAAGUGGCAGUGGACCGCACCCUAGUGAAGAUGCAUCGGUUAGCUCUGUUGCCUUGGUGACAAUUCCAAUCACGAUAGCACUGUUACUGAUCAUCGUCCUUUUGCUCGUCAAUCAGAAAAAGCAGUGGAUUCCAGUGUCCUGCUACAAAGCUCCAACAAAGCCUUCUUGCCUAAACAAUCAACUGGUAUAUGUGGACUGCAAGAAAGGUACCAUGGUCCAGGUGGACAGUUCUCAGAGGAUGCUAAGAAUUGCAGACCCAGAUUCAAGAUACAGUGGAUUUUACAGCAUGCAGAAACAGAACAACCUACAGGCAGAUAAUUUCUAUCAAACAGUUUGAAGAAUCACACCCUUACCAAGGAUUU